CCACAAAAGCAACACACACUUUCACACCCUGCAGGUGAGAAGCCACUACCAUGGCCUCGCGUAGGGCAUUUCUGCUUCUUUGCCUGUUAUGUGCUAAAAACUUGUUAUUGUCAACAUCCUCACUUACAGGCUUCACAGAGGAGGAUGAGGAUGCUGGAAAAGACUGGGAUAUAUUUGAAAUAAACCAAGAAGCGGGGCUUGAUCUGGCAGAUGGAGACUUAGACAUAGAUCAGCAGGAUAAUGGCAAGAACUCUAUUCUGGGUGAAAAGUAUCGCUGGCCAACUACAGUUCCAUACUACCUGGAAGACGACUUGGAAAUCAACGCUAAAGGAGUGACUCUGAAGGCCUUUGAACAGUACAGACUCAAGACGUGUAUUGACUUCAAACCCUGGAGUGGAGAAGCAAACUAUAUUUCAGUGUACAAAGGUUCUGGGUGUUCCUCUUCUGUUGGGAAUCGGCGGGUCGGAAAGCAAAGGCUAUCAAUCGGCAAUAACUGUGAUCGCUUAGCGACAGUAGAGCAUGAGUUCCUGCACGCUCUGGGCUUCUGGCACGAGCAAUCCCGAGGUGAUCGAGAUGACUACGUCAACAUCAUAUGGGAUCAGAUUCAAAGCGGUAAAGAGCACAACUUUAACAGCUAUGAUGAUUCCGUGUCCAGUGCUCUUGGUGUGCCCUAUGACUAUGGUUCUGUAAUGCACUACAGUAAGAACUCCUUUAACAAAGGCUCUGAGCCAACUAUCGUCACUAGGAUACCAGAAUUCAUGGACAUGAUUGGUCAGCGCAUGGAGUUCAGUUCCAGUGAUGUGUUCAAGCUAAACAGGCUUUACAACUGCACCACAUUCUCCACCUUCUUGGAUUCCUGUAGCUUUGAGGAGCCCAAUAUCUGUGGUAUGAUUCAGGAUGAUGAUGUGAAGGGCAAGUGGGAGCGUGUGAGGAGUGUGGUGGGAGGUCCAACCACUGAUUUUACCAACAUGGGCCAAUGUAAUGGUGCAGGUUUCUUCAUGCACUUCAGCACAGCUACAGGCAGCCAUGGAGACAGGGCCUUCUUGGAAAGCCGGCUCUUUUACCCUAAGCGUGGAUUCCAGUGCCUGCAGUUCUACCUGUACAACAACGGGGGGGCUUCUGACAGGCUGAACAUGUGGGUGCGCGAGUACAACACAGCAAACCCUAAAGGAGAGCUAAGACUAAUUCAGACUCUCAGUGGUGACCUUAGAAACUCCUGGGAGAUACAUCAUGUGACCCUGGAUGUGUCCCACAAGUUUCGAGUGGUGUUUGAAGGGGUGAAAGGCUCAGACUCAUCAAAAGGAGGUCUGUCCCUGGAUGACAUCAACCUCUCCGAGACCCAGUGCCCUCACCACACCUGGCGCAUCCGGAACUUCAGCAGUGUCCUCCAGACAACACCUGUAGGCUCCAGGACGAGCAGCCCUAUCUUUGUGUCUCGCGAAGGCUACUCGUUCCAGAUCUCACUGUAUGUUAACGGGAAGAGCAGCAGUCCCGACAGCAUGGGCAUCUACUUCCACCUGACCUCAGGGCCUCAUGACAGCCAGCUGAAGUGGCCAUGUCCAUGGCGACAGGUUACCAUGGCACUGAUGGACCAGAACCCCAAUAUCCAACAUCGCAUGAACAACCAAAGGAUGAUCACUACUGACCCCAGCAAGACAUCUAAUGAUGAGGGGGAAGUGGAAUAUUUCUGGGACGAUCCAAGGAAGGUUGGCAGUCUAAUAAAGAAUCCAGACGGUACUUCAUACUACAGAGGGCCGGGUUAUGGCACCAGCUCUUUCAUCACUCACCAGCGUCUGAAGAGUCGGGACUUCAUCAAAGGAGAUGAUUUGAUUAUGUUCCUUAGUCUAGAAGAUAUAUCUGGUCUUCUGGAGACUCAGCCACUCCCACAGUCUGUUGUUGCAUGUGGUGAGGAAUGUCUACGGAGCCGUACAUCAGCUAGUGAUGGUGAAAUCACACCAGACUCCACCUCCUCUUCCAACUACUCCUCCACUGCAAUAGUGGUGGGUUGUGCUUGUGCUGGAGCGGUCACACUGUUACUUGUGAUUGCAAGUGUGUUGUACAGGCUGAAGAGACUCCGGCAGAGAGAAGAGGCCGACAGAGUGGCCAUUGUAGAUGCUGAGGUCGUCACCAUAUAAAUGUCCAAUCAGCUUAAUCUAAAAUGGAAGGACCUCAUAACUAAUAUGUUCAACCAAAUUAUUUUGUUUAUGGAUUUUAAAAUGGAAUUAAGCAGAAUACACUGUUCUUGAAUACCCAAUCUGUCAAUUAUUAAACAGCAUUUGAAAAGAAACUAAUAAAAACGAAAAAACAAAAAA